GGAGGGGGGGGGCAAGUCUGUAAAUAGUAGGAAACGGGAAGGGCAACGAGAGACAGACAAAAAAAGAAAAAGACAAAAAAGGGCUCGAGGGAAGAAGAAGGCAACGUGUAAAUAAGGCAUCAUCAGGCAGAGUGGAGGAGGAAACCUAAAAAGUGUCUGCCUCUUCUGCCCCUUCUGUAAAUUCCCAAUCCGACCCUUUCUCAAUCUUCUUCUCCGUGUUUGCCCCUCCCUCCCUUCCUUCCUUCCUUCCUUCCUUCCUUGCCCCGAUUUCUUCCUUCCCUCGAUUCUCUUUCUUUUUUUUUACCCGCCAAAAUCACUUCUCUAACGGCUCCUUCCUCCAAUUUUUGGAUCCGUGGCCUUGGUUUAGGUCUUUCUCGCUCUUAUUGGUUGAUACCCAGAUUCUGAUUCAACUCCCAUCAUCCGAUCUGUCUGAAGAAGAGUAAGUUACUGUCUUUUCGUUGUGCAAAAAUUGAGAGGAUGCAGACUAUUAAGCUAUAUGAUGACCAUUUCCGUUUUCUCUCUGUACUGAUAGAGCGAGAGGAUUAGUUUCUGUUUUUUUUUUCCACGAGUUGGGUUGUUUUGAAGCAGUGUGUUGUUUAAAAAGAGAUUGCGUCAGCAAUGGCGAAUCGUGAUUUAAUGCUUGGACAGAAUCGUAAUAUCGGUGGUAUUGGUCAGGGUCAAUCUCUGGUGCUUGGUCACAACAACCACAGUCUAGGGCUUGGUCAAAACCAUGAUGUGGAGUUAGGUCGUCACAAUAUGGAUUUAGGACAUGGUCAUCAUGAUCAUGAAAUUGAUUUAGGACACCCUCAUGAUGAUCAUGAGCUAGGCUUAGGAAAUGGCGAAGAUCAGGAUGGAGAGGAUCAUCAUCAUCAUCAACAUCAUCACGACUAUAUGAACGAGAAUGAAAUCUCUGUGGAUCAAAAGCCUGGACACGACGAUGUUGAUCCCGACCUGGUUCUUUCCACGCAAAACCAUGACUUUUCGUUGUCUGAUAAUAAUAAUCAGUUGGUGGUUGGGGAAAACCAUGAACUAGAUGACAACCUUGAAUUAGCCGUUGAUUCAAGUCAUGAACUUGAAAUUGAUCAUCAUGGUGAUAUGGUUAUGGUUAGCACUCCGGUUCAAGCCCGAGCUCUUACUGCUGACAUGACUUACCAACUUACUGUUGGGCAAGAGUUUCCAGAUGUGAAAAGCUGCCGUAGAGCGUUGAGAGAUAUGGCGAUUGCUCUUCAUUUCGAAAUGCAGACAAUAAAAUCUGACAAAACUCGUUUCACAGCUAAGUGUUCGAGUGAAGGAUGUCCAUGGAGAGUUCACGCUGCAAAGCUCCCUGGGGUUCCAACUUUCACUAUCAGGACGAUACAUGAAAGCCAUAGCUGUGGAGGUAUAAAUCAUUUGGGACACCAACAAGCUUCAGUUCAGUGGGUUGCUACCUCGGUUGAGCAACGGCUUCGUGAGAAUCCGAAUUGUAAACCUAAAGAGAUUCUUGAAGAGAUACAUCGUGUUCACGGGAUCACCUUAUCGUACAAACAAGCUUGGCGUGGUAAAGAAAGAAUCAUGGCGACCAUGCGUGGUUCUUUUGAAGAAGGGUAUCGUUUACUUCCUCAAUACUGUGAGCAGGUUAAAAGGACGAAUCCGGGAAGCAUUGCUUCGGUUUAUGGAAGUCCAGCUGAUAAUUGCUUCCAACGUCUCUUCAUAUCGUUUCAAGCUUCAAUUUAUGGGUUUCUAAACGCUUGUCGACCACUUCUUGGAUUGGACAGGACAUAUUUGAAGAGCAAGUAUUUAGGUACGUUGCUUCUCGCUACUGGAUUUGAUGGAGAUGGUGCUUUGUUUCCGUUGGCGUUUGGGAUUGUAGAUGAAGAGAAUGAUGAGAACUGGAUGUGGUUUUUGUGUGAGCUUCAUAACCUUCUUGAAACCAAUACUGAGAAUAUGCCUAGACUCACGAUUUUGUCUGAUAGACAAAAGGGAAUAGUAGAAGGCGUGGAACAGAAUUUUCCAACUGCGUUUCACGGUUUUUGUAUGCGGCAUUUGAGUGAAAGCUUCCGGAAGGAGUUUAACAACACAAUGUUAGUCAAUUAUCUGUGGGAAGCUGCUCAAGCUCUAACGGUGAUCGAGUUUGAAGCCAAAAUACUCGAAAUUGAAGAGGUUUCUCAAGAUGCAGCUUACUGGAUCCGUCGUAUCCCUCCUCGGUUAUGGGCUACAGCGUAUUUUGAAGGACAAAGGUUUGGACAUUUAACUGCAAAUAUAGUUGAAUCCCUGAACUCAUGGAUCGCUGAAGCAUCUGGACUUCCAAUCAUUCAGAUGAUGGAAUGCAUCAGGAGACAACUUAUGACUUGGUUUAACGAACGGCGUGAAACCAGUAUGCAAUGGACUUCAAUACUCGUACCAACAGCUGAGCGGCGUGUCGCCGAGGCUCUUGAGCUUGCAAGAACUUAUCAGGUGCUUCGAGCCAAUGAAGCUGAGUUUGAAGUUAUAUCUCAUGAAGGAAACAACAUUGUGGAUAUUAGGAACCGGUGUUGUCUAUGUCGGGGUUGGCAGUUAUACGGUUUACCUUGUGCACAUGCCGUAGCAGCUCUUCUUUCUUGUAGACAGAAUGUUCAUCGGUUCACUGAGAGCUGUUUCACUGUGGCUACUUAUAGGAAGACUUAUUCUCAGACGAUUCAUCCUAUUCCAGAUAAAAGUCUUUGGAGAGAGCUUUCUGAUGGAGAUCUAAGCGUGAAUAAAGCUGCUCUUGAGGUUAUUAUAAACCCUCCAAAGUCUCUGAGACCGCCUGGUAGGCCGAGGAAAAGACGGGUUCGAGCUGAAGAUAGAGGACGAGUGAAGCGGGUUGUCCAUUGUAGCCGGUGUAACCAGACCGGACAUUUCAGAACCACUUGUGCUGCACCCAUUUGAUAUGCAACGAACUCUGUAUCUCUUACCUGAACAAUACUGUGGACUGAGCAAGUUAUCGGAACAGAGGCGAAAACUGCAGGAGUCAACUCUGUUCUAUGUACUGUAAAAAUUUCCAAGAUUCCAGGCGAUAGAAGGACAGUAACACCUGAAGAUCAUUGCCUGUUUGUUGAAUCCCUUUUUACUUAGUUUAUAUGCUUAGCUCGAGCAUAAUGUUACGCAUAAACUCCCUUCUUUUUCCUGUAAUUCCUGAGGUCAGAUUGUACUUUCAUUACUUUGUACUCUAUGUAGCUUUGAACCAAAAAGAACUCGAUUAUUAUUAUUAUCACUCGGUACGAAGUGUUAUGUAA